UGAAUGGUUUUUACCGUCUCAUCGUGGCACCGCCAGGUACGACUGAAUGAGGACACUGACGUCAUGUUUGUCCAGCUGUGCUUUAAAAGGUGUUCAGUACGGGCACUGCUGCACAACGUUGUACAACAACCUGCAACAGAGACGUCGACAUUCAGCAUUUUCGGGCGAUUCCCAGGUGCAAGGAAGCAGACAUCGCAGAGCGACAUGAGUAAGGAGCGGCGUGUCCUGCAGUAUGUCCUACAGACCGCGUCACGUGGAGACCCUGACAGCGUGCUGGCAGCGGUGGACAAGUACGGCCGGGAGAAGGAAUGGAACAUGAGUGUCGGGGACGAGAAAGGAGCGAUCCUGGACCGUUUCGUGAAGGAGAGGGCGCCUCAGACCAUGCUGGAGCUGGGCACGUACAUGGGCUACUCCGCCGUCAGAAUGGUCAGGCUGCUGCCGCAAGGAGCCAAGUUUAUCACCGUGGAGGUCAACCAGGACAACGCCGCUGUGGCGAAGGAGAUCAUCGCGUUUGCAGGGCUGCAAGACAGGAUUAUCCAGGUUCUAGCCGAAACUGCUGAAGUCAUCCCCCAGCUGAAGUCCAAGUUUAACGUGGAGUCGUUUGACAUGGUGUUUAUAGACCACUGGAAGGACUUCUACCUCAGAGAUAUCAAACUACUGGAACAGAACAAGCUACUACGUAAAGGCACAGUUGUAGUAGCUGAUAACAUCAUCUUCCCCGGGGCUCCAGACUACGCAGACUACGUGCGGACAUGCGGCAAGUACGAGUCUACCUUCCACGAGGGCAAAAUCAACGGCAAGAAACCAGACGGCAUGGAGAAGUCUGUGUACCGAGGCUAGGGACAGAACAUUGCAAACACUGCAUGUGGAGAAUGGUCCUUCAUAAGUACUACAUGUAUUUCCAGGCAUUAAGUUGACCACAACUCAAUGCAUUUUAAGAAUGUGCUAUAUUGUGUUGAUUCUAAUGCAAGUAUGUGCAAUUGGAAGUUCUGCACAAGGUGUAUAAUGCAGAAACGAGAGUUAACUAUGUUGCGCAUUGAACGUCCUGUAUGUCGACAGCAAUAUGUAAUUAGAUACAGUAGUUAUUACAAUUCUAGGACUUACUGUGAACAAUUUGCCUAGUUCUAAGGAAGACUUUCAAUAGAUCACAUAUUUCUUAGAAAAGCGAUGCAUAUGUUUUUCUUAAUCUAUUCCCUUGUAAGACAAUUUGAUUUCACCACUUUAUAAUGUACUGUUCUUAAGUACAGAAAAGUGUAAAUUCAGCAAUUCUUGAUUUUGUAAUAUUCUACUUUACAUUGUUCACGCUUUGCUUCAUUAGCUAAGAAAAAUCUGAAUAAAGAAGAAAACUUUAAGCUGAAAA